AAACAAGAUGGCGGCGGCAGGCCCGAGUACUCGGGCCUCUUCCGCGGCGGCAGCGGCAGCUCUGAGUCGGCGGGGCCGGCGGGGCCGCUGUGACGAGACGGCGGCAACGAAGACUGGGGCUCCGGGCCCAGCUUCUGGCCCCGCGCUGGUGUUUCCACCGCCGUUGCUGCAACCGUCGCUACCUCCGAGGCCCGAAGAGUCGGGCUGCGCCGGGUGCCUAGAGACGCAGGGGGAAGCGGCGGCCUUGCCGUGCGGCCACUCGCUGUGCCAAGGCUGCGCCCAACGCGCCGCCGACGCGGCGGGCCCUGGUUGCCCGCGCUGUCGCGCCCGUGGCCCGGGAUGGGCCCGCCGUCGGGCCCGCGACGACAGCCAAGCAGACGCGGAGGUGCUGGGCGAGCGCGUCCGCCGCAGCCAACCCGAACGCUGCCGCCCGCGCCGGGACGGGGGCGCGGCCGCUGCAGAGCCUGGGCCGGAGCAGGAGCCGCGCGCCGCGCCCGCGGAGCCAGAGUUUAUAUUCAGAGCGCCAAUCAAAUUAAGCAAACCUGGGGAACUUCGUGAAGAAUAUGAAAGCCUAAGAAAGUUGAGAGAAGAAAAGUUACAAGAGGAGAAAACCUCUGAAGAUCAAAGCCACAAACUGUUGUUACCAGAGGAUACAGAAACAGGGAAAAGGAAGAUGGAUGAACAGAAAAAAAGAGAUGAGCCGUUAGCACUGAAAUCAAAUCUGGAACGUUGUCCUGCACGUCUCUCAGAUUCAGAGAAUGAAGAACCUGCUCGAGGCAAGAUGAUACAGACACAUCGCUCGGCAUUUGUUUCUAAGAACAACUCCUACUCCCUAGCUUUCUUGGCAGGGAAUCUAAAUUCCAAGAUGGAGAGGAGUCCGAGCUGCAAUGACACUGCUCAGGACAGAACAAAGAGCAGACUCCGAGCAGCUCCAACCAGCAAAGCCAAGGUCACAACUAUGACUCCAGCAACCAACCCUAUAAUUGGUGUCCUCCUGUCUACCCAAAACAACCGCUGUCUCUCAGCCCCAGACUUAGCCAUUGAAAAGCGUCUACCUUUCAGCUCCCUCUCCUCCUUGGCUUCCCUGCAUAAGCCAGAACGUUCUAUCAGUCCUGAGAGCAAUGAUAGCAUCUCUGAAGAACUAAAUCAUUUCAAGCCCAUUGUCUGCUCGCCAUGCACUCCUCCCAAGAGGCUCCCCGAUGGCCGUGUGCUAAGUCCCCUCAUCAUCAAAUCCACACCCCGCAACCUCAACAGAAGCCUACAGAAGCAGACUUCUUAUGAGGCCAGUCCAUGGAUCCUCAAAAAAUGGGAACAGAUCUUUCAAGAGAGGCAGAUCAAAAAGACCCUUUCAAAAGCCACUCUCACUUCCCAGCCUCCUGAAACAGGGGAAGACUUACUAGUCUCAGAAGUUAUCCAUUCUAGCAAAGAGAAGCCAGUUCUGGCUUUAAAUACAAGACUGUCCAGCGGGCAAGUACCCUCAGAGUAUACUGGGCCCACACCUACUGACCUUGAUUUUUUCCCUUCUGGUAGCCAAACAAAAGCUGAACAGGGCAGUGAUAAUAAAAGGAACACUGAGAUUCCAUUGGAAACCUGCUGUUUCUCAGAACUCAAAGGGGGAGCCAGUGGGACUUCUUUGGAGAGAGAACACUUUGAGGAAUCGGGCUUAACCCCAGAUGCUAAGUUUGACAAGCCCUGUACAGCCAUGAAAAUCUCCACAGUUAAUUCAGUGCUACCCAAAAACAGUGUUUUGGGUGGGGUACUCAAAACUAAGAAACAGCUGAAGACCUUGAAUCAUUUUGACUUGUCUAACGGUAUACUGGUAGACAAUCUAGGUGAGGAACCGCUUCCAUCCUUACGUCGGGGCCGGAAAAGACACUGUAAGACCAAGCACUUGGAACAAAAUGGCUCCCUUAAGAAACUUCGACAAACCAGUGGUGAGGUGGGUUUGGUUCCCGCAGACCCAGUACUGCGAGAGAUGGAGCAGAAAUUGCAGCAAGAGGAAGAGGACCGACAGUUGGCUCUGCAAUUGCAGCGCAUGUUUGACAAUGAGAGGCGGACUGUGAGUCGGCGAAAAGGAAGUGUGGAUCAGUAUCUUUUACGGUCCAGCAACAUGGCUGGUGCCAAGUAGCACUUAAAGGACAGUGUUACCAAUUUCCUCAAAGUUUUUGGGCUUGAUCAUUUAUUCUGAAGAGCUGAGUGUUCUCACUUUGGGUUUCUUGAUGGCAAAACACUGUUUCAUGGUUCUGAGAUGUUCUAGGGUCUUUGUAGUCAAUAUUCAAGGGAAAUGGGUCUUUGCCUCAGUAUGACCCUGGCCAGAAGCACUCCUCAUCCCCAGAGUGACCCAUCCCUGAGGGCUUCUGGGCCAAAUCUGUCAGCACCCUCUUGGAAUGAGAUUUCGCAUGGCCUCGUGCAGGAGCACAGUGGCCAAAUGGACAUGGUAGAGGAAGGAGGGGAUACCUUCUCAGACUAAUAGCCCUCCUGGCUUUUUUCAGUAAGGCUUUGUUUUAAAUCAACCUUGCAGAUAAAAAUUAAUUUCAUCUUUUUCAAAAGAAUAGAACAGUGUAGUUCUUUGGCAGAUAAAAUGAUAGAUGGUUAUGUUCCCCCUCCACUUCCUCCUACCACAGGUAAAUCUACCUACCUAAAUCAUUUGAGCUUAUGCUCCCACAAAAAUUAAGUUACAUUCCUUGUUUAAAAAAUAGCAUUUGAUUAAUGCUGUAUUUUUGACAGAGCACAUUCACAGUCAUCGUUUAAUUUGGUCUUCCCAGGAGACCUAACAUGUAAGUGCUAUUAGCCCCAUUUUUAGAUGAAGAAACUGCAGUGCAGAUGUUUCAAUUCUCUCAACUACUAAGUGGCAUA